AUGAGUCUCAAGAUACUUUCAUGGAAUGUGAGGGGAUUAUGUUCGAAUGAUAGGAGGCUGAUUGUAAAGAAAAUGAUUGGUCUUCUUCAAGCACCUAUCGUAAUCCUACAAGAAACAAAGAUGAUGCGUUGUAGUGAUCAUGACAUCCAACAAAUUUGUGGACACUCAAAUUUUGGAUGGACUUUUCAACAGUCAGUUGGUAAUUCUGGUGGGAUGAUCAUCUUAUGGGAUAAAUAUUUUCUUGAGGUUAAAGAAUCUUUAGUAGGUGAUUAUUCAUUAUCUAUCUAUUGUGUCAAUAAGCAUGAUGGUUUUGUUUGGGUUCUUACCAAUAUUUAUGGACCUAAUAAACCUCAUGAGAGGGCAGAUUUUUGGGAGGAGUUGGAUAACAUCUGUGGAUACUUGGAUUUACCUUGGUGUUUGGGUGGAGAUUUCAACACCAUUAAGUGUUGUGAUGAGAAGAAGAAUUGUAAUACAAUCACCAAGAGUAUGAAGGACUUUGCUGAAUUCAUCUCUCAACACAACCUUAUUGAUUUACCUUUAAAAGGAGCUAGAUAUACUUGGUCUAAUGGGCAGACCAAUCCUUAA